AAAAACACAAAAGAAACAUGGCUGGAUGGCUGGGUAUAUAUAUUGUGAUAUUCACCCACGCAUCUCUUCCACAAGGUAUCAUGAGUUCUAAGGUCAAUAGAGGUCUACUCCUUGGUCUUCUUCUACUUACUGCCCUAUCUCUUGCAUGGAGCUUGUUUUUCACAGAUGAGAACAUGAAGAAGUUAACUGAAGCAAGAGAUGGAAAAGAAUUGUUUGGAGUAGACUUAUACCAGCGCAGUCUCAGUCCGUUUAAAGUACCUGGUGGUGCGUUUAAAGAACCUGCACCACCACCACCGCGACCUCAUGGAUCGCCAGGCCACAAUCCUUCCCCCUAGUGGGCAAAUGGCAGCGUCAAAAUAGUAUGUGUAAUUGUCAUUUUGGUUCACUUCGAAGAUUACAACCAACUCUAGGGAAUGUGAGUUAUUACCAUGUUUGGUUUGUUAUUUAUGCAACACAAACACAAUAUGGGAAUGUAAGAUUUUAAUUAAGUACACAUUUGGUACAUUUUUGAGAAGAAGGACAUUGAAACUUUAUUAAUGAAGAAAAUUAGCCAUGAUCGGCUACAAGAAUAUCUUAAAGGUGA